CUAACAGACGUAUCUAGAGCGCGUGCGUGCCAGCAGCAAACAGAGUAGUAUCUUGGGCAUACAAAAGCAGCCAACACGCGCAGUGUUCUCUAGCUAAAUAUAAAAAAAAAAAAAAAAAAAAAAAAACGAACAACAUUUCGACAAGAUAUUUUAUCGAAAUGCGCUACAACAACUGAUAAUAAAAACGGCGCUGUAAAAAAGAAUCUCAACUUGCGAGUGUUCCAAAGAUUUUCUAGUGCAAAAACUUGUUUAUUUCGCAAUUUUGUUCAGUAAAUUGCAAGCCAAUUAAAAAGUAUAACUAAAAAAAGAAAGAAACGAAAACAAAAACAGCAAAUUGUGCAGGAAAAAUCUGCAAGGGCUAAGUGUGCGAGUGAGUGCAUUGCAAGUUGUUGUUGUGCAUCUUGCUGAGAGAGCGAGCGAGCGAGCGAGAGAGAGAGAGAGAGCUUUAAGUGCACUUGACAGCUGCUGCUGCUGCAGUUGACAGUAGCUGACAACAUUCCAUCGAGUUCUAUCCGGUCCUAGACGCAUCGCUUGACGCUUGACUAAUUGCCAGAUAUCAAUUAUGACAGCGGAGACACUUAAGCCAUUUAUAACACCGACGAGUGCCGUUAAUAAUUUUCCGGCCAAGCAAUCGGGCACGAAGAGGAAAACCAGACAGCUCAUACCGAUUAUCUUGAGCAUUGUUGCACUCGUUCUGGUCGCCGGCAUCCUCAUUUUAACGAUCUGGCAGACGAUACGGGUGCGACAGCUGGACACGGAUCUGGCCAGUCUGCGGCGGGAAGUGGACAGUUUGCGGCAGAGGCUGGGCAUUAAUUAUCUGGAGGACUUGGCGGAAUUCCAAAAGGAGUAUACGAACCUGCUCAUUCAUGAUCCCAACAAGCUGGACGACCUCGAGGGCGAGGAGGACGACAACGAGAACGAUGAUGACGAUGAUGAUGAUGAUGACGACGACGUCGGCAGCUGGGUCGACAGCGGGAACGUGGACGACGACGACGACGAGGAUGAGGAUGCGGGCAACGAGCGCACCGAUUACGAUGAGUAUCUGGACUUGAUAAAACAGGAAACGGACGACACUCGCACGACAGUCCAGGGCAUCCAAGAUGGAACCGAAACAGCUGCAUCCGCCUCCGAUUCCGCCGCCGCCUCCGGCUCCACCUCGGCGGCGUCCAAUGAUGAUAAUGUAUUUGACGAUUUCACCAGCUAUAAUGAUUCCAAAAAGAAGAAGGAACGAACUCUAACUAGAAACAGAAAAUCUCGCUCCAUUGCGGAGUUGCGCAAUGAGCUGCAGAGCAACGAUCUGGCACAGAUUCAAAACAACCAAAACCAAACAGAUGCGCAGAUAAACAAGAGCGCUGUUACCUCUGAUAGCACCACUGUGCACCACCUGCACCGGCAGCGUCCACGAGUGCGUCAGGGCCGUCAACGUCUUUUGGUGCGCAAAGGCGAAUCUCCUGUUUCAGCGAAAUCCGCCGAUUACAAUGCGGCCGGCGGCGGGGGAUCUCUCACGGCUGCAGCCCAUUUCCACUUGAAUCGGAAGGUGCCGCAUCACCAGGCGCCCAUUCGGCUCCACUCUUAUGAGGGGGACAUGUAUAUGGGGCAUGCCACCGCCAGCAGCGACAAUCAGUGGCAGCAGCAUUUCAGCGUCAACAACGGCAUCCUGACUGUGCAUCAGCCGGGCCUCUACUAUGUAUAUGCCCAGAUCUGCUAUAAUAAUACACACGAUCAGAACGGCUUCAUCAUCUUCCACGGGCACAACGCCUUCCUGCAGUGCCUGAACACGGUGCCGACGCAUAUUGAUAAGAUACACACCUGCCACACGAGCGGCCUGAUCCAGCUGCAGAAGGAGGAAUCGAUACAUCUGCGCGACAUCCAUCGAGAUCGCAAUGUCAUGCUGAGGGAUGUCAGUAAUCGCAGCUACUUUGGCAUCAUCAAGAUCUAGAUGCGCUUCACGGGAAUCUGAAGAAUUUAAGCUUUAGUAGUUGCGACUACUCAAUUAAACAAAUACGAAUACGCAUACGCAUACAGCAUAGUAGAUGACUAAUUUAGGGCUAGCUUUAGUAACAUUCUAUUUACACAAACUUAUAUUCAUAAACCUAACUCUAACAUGAACAGGCUUAUAAUACCAUAUUUAUUUUGUAUAUAUACGAUUAAUUCAAAUUCUGUAUGAGAAUUGCCAUAAU